AUGAGCCGGAUUCAGCAACAGGAAGCGUAUCUUGCCCGUGAGCUCGACGCUGAGCGCACCCGGGUCAAGCGUCUCGAGGCGGAGAACGCGCAGCUGCUGGCCCAUCUCCAGUCGCUGCACAUUGGCAGUCGGCCUGCUGCAUCGUCGGCAGGAAACAGCAAGUUUGAGGCGGAGCAUAUCGCCAACAACGCAGUGGAGCGCACCAGCAGCGUCGAGAGCGACUUUGCGCAAACAUCAACCAUCCCGAUCAAGAAUGCAUCUGCAGGGUCAAAGCCCGGCAAGGGCACGCGGUCGCGGUCGCACAGCCGGCACUCGGGCAAGUUCCACACGCUCAGUGGAUAUCCGAUCACACACCAGACCAGCACGGGGCCGAUGAUAGCAUGGCGCGCGAGAAGGCGAGUCCUGGAGACGGCGAUGGAGCAGGAGCAGGAGCGGAUGUUUAACCAGGGGCGGCGGCUCAGCGGCAGCAUCAGCCCGGGCGGGCCGUUUGUGGCGAGCACUGGGGUUCCGGGGGCAGUGUCGCCGCGGUGGGCGCACUCGCGGUCGUCGUCUGUGUCGUCAUUCGGCAACGGCAGCGUGGCAUCGGACGUGAACUCGCUGCGGCUGCGGCUGGCGGACUGCGAGCGCGAGCUGGUGUCGUGCUACAGCCAGAGCCAGAUCUACAAGAAGGAGCUGGUGGCGCUGCGGCAGCGGCUGGGCAUGAGCGUGGACGACCUGUACCUGGACGACCCGGUGCCCAUGGCACUGAAGAGCACGUAUGCCGAGGGCGGGUCGGCGCGGCCGCGACGCUCGCAGUCGGUCAGCUCGAGCUCAUCGACGGGCACGACGCCGCAGCUGGCCAGGCGCGGCUCCGGCCACCACAUGGGCGAGUAUUUUGGCAUGCUGCCCAGUGUUCCGCGGCGGGCGGCGCAGCGGCCGCGCAGCGUGCUGCUGUCGCCCAGGCGCUCGAUGGAGGACCACCAGAGCGCGGCUGCCACGUUCAGUGCGGCCGACCAGGCGUCGCUGUUUGCAUUCAAGUCGGGAACCACACAUCGUGCCACGCGCAAUAUCAAGUGAGGCUGUAGUAAUAUUGUCAGGUGUGGAAUACAGCAGUCGUCAUGGGCAUCUUCGGAAGCGGGGCGGUAAAAACAGCACAGGGGUGGGACUAGUUUUUGGCACUACUGGCACUAUUUGUUGCUCUUCUUUGUCUGAUCUCUUCAAGUUUAAUUGACACAUGGGGUGACAUCUGCAUUUUUAAAGCGCAAUCCACGAGCCGCCACACACACAAAG